AUGGUUGGUCUUCCUGAACUCUUUGAGCAGGAGCUUUGGACUCUACGAGGUGAAACUCUUCUCAAGCAAGCCGAAGAGCUGUCGGCGCGUGAAAUGCUGUUGGGUGCCGCUUUAGCCUAUAUUAAUCAGUAUGGCUGUGGUCUUGGACUUAAAGCAGAACCAAAGCGAGCAGGACCAGUACCCUUCUCCUUCGGACCCUUGGCUUGGAGCGGGGAUGAAGUUGCAUAUUAUCUUCAAAUGCAACUCACACAGCUAGGUUUCGAGAGGGCUAUAUCUAUCUCCGGAACAGGGGAAGAAAGGGAGGCUAUUCUUGACAGCCCUUGGUUUAAGCUUGCUACUUCGGUUGGGCAAGAAGCCAGUCAAGAGAACUGCGAGCUGAAAGCCCCAUUCCUCCGCCUAUCUCUUUCGAAAGCUGUGCCACCCCUACCAUCAUCCCAACAAAGAAAGAGUUGGCUGAGUCUGGCUACUUUCUUCUCUUACGAAAUUUCGAGUUCGACUUCACCAAUUGUUAUAAGCGUAAACUUAAGUUACAACAUGGGAUUAGGCUUCGGCACAAAGGAAAAGGAAGGAGAGCAGAUAGAGAAGGAUGGAAUAUCGCUAAAACCGAGACUCCAAGACUCAGGUCAAGGAUAUCAGAUAGACGAAAAGCACUUUCCCUCGUAUGGGGAAGAAAUCCUAUCUCUUAUCUCUCUAGUUCCGGAACUCUUGCUUCGAUUGCUUACUCUGCAUUCUCUGCCCAUAAGCUUCGCUAAAGCGACUACGUACCUUGCUAUUCACACUUACUUAUUUCUUAGAAUUAAGCUUACGUCUUUCUUUUUCUUGCAGAAAGCAAGCACAAGGGAAGCGAUGGUGCUAGGAGAUUGCCGAACAUUUCCUCAACUCUUUGAAGAAGCUGCCCGCAUGCAGAGGAGUCUAAAAGACGGGUCUAUCACUUUACUCACGAACUCUUCUAAUGGGGAAGAAGGCAAGCCGAAGAAUACCCUAAGAACCCAGCAGCCAACUAAAGAGGUUACCAUCACCCCUCAAUCAGCCCUUUUUCGAGAGGAAUAG